AAUCACAACUCAGGUGUUCGAAUAUAUGUAUCGUAAGCCCAAGAUGCCUUUCGAUGGUGAACAACGGCCAAUUCUGCAGGGAACUAUAUGUUUCAAAGAUGUGGAACUAUAUGUUUCAAAGAUGUACCCGCCUCGCUCCAGCAAUCACAUUUUAAAGGUAAGUAAAGCACUUACACACCUACAAGCAGGUCUUAAUCUUACAAUCGAAGCGGGUACGACUGUCGCUUUAGUGGAGCCUAGUGGCGGAGGAAAGAUUUCGAUCGUCUCACUCAUCCACCACAUGUAUGAGUCUGAUAGUGUCGUGAUGACAAUCGAUGGUAUCCCAAUUCAAAGUGUGGAUCAUAAGUACUGUCAUGAACGGGUAAGUUAUGAGGAGUAUGACUGGUAUCCUGGUGAGCCAAAGGUAGCGCUAGUAGCGCAGGAACCAAUUCUGUACAAUAGGACAAUCCGAGAGAAUAUUCUCUACAGAUGUGACUGAGC